AUACUUUAUGGUUUACAUUUCUGUAAUUUAAAGCUCUGCAGAUACUCAGCUCUGCUGUUGGGAAUUGUUUAUGGAGCAAGAAGAUAUGCUUAUUUAAAGCCUAUUGCUGUGGAGGAUAGGAGAUUAGAAGCAGAGGAAAAAGCAAAACAGGAGGAAUUGAAAAGAAUUGCAAAAGCAUUGGAAGAAGCUCAAGAAUCUAUCCUGAAAUAAACUUCCUUGGUCCACAUCUUUGAAAUGUUGAAGUAGAUAAUUCUAAACAUCUAAAAUACAUUUAUUUAAACCAAUAAACAGACAUUCACAACAAUGUUGACUUCCUUAGUAUGCAUAGUGCUAAUUAAAAAAGAAAUGACAAAAUGAAA